CGGGCCCCGCCCCGCCCCGCGCAGCGCAGCGCAGAGCCCGCCGGCCGCCCGCGGGGAGGGAGCCGCCGCCGCCGCCGCCGCCAUGGGCUGCACCGUGAGCGCCGAGGACAAGGCGGCCGCCGAGCGCUCCCGCAUGAUCGACAAGAACCUCCGCGAGGACGGCGAGAAGGCGGCGCGCGAGGUCAAGCUCCUGCUGCUCGGGACUGGUACGUGAACGGCAACUAUCUGGUGAUCCUGGUUUCCAUCAUCGUUAUCCUGCCCCUGGCCCUCAUGAAGCAGCUUGGCUACCUGGGCUAUGCCAGCGGCUUCUCCCUCAGCUGCAUGGUCUUCUUCCUCAUCUCGGUCAUCUACAAGAAGUUUCAGAUCCCCUGUCCUCUCCCCGCGCAAGACGUGAACAGCACAGGCAGCCACAACUACACUCUGGGCAGCACCAGCAACUACCAGAACGGCUACACCGUCCUCCAGGCCCCCGAUGAGGGCACUUGCUCCCCCAGGUUCUUCACCCUCAACUCCCAGAUGGCGUAUGCCACCCCCAUCAUGGCCUUGAUGUGCCACCCUGAGGUCCUGCCCAUCUACACCGAGCUGAAGAAAUGAGUGCCAAGGAGGGGGCUUUGGUCCUCUGCACUGCUCCCAGGGCUUACCGUAGAAAGUGAGGAAAUACAUCAGGUACAUGACCAUGAUGGAGAUGUUGGAAAUGCACUGCAUCUUCUUCUUGGAGGGGCUGUGGGGGCCAGUGGUGUUAGUCCGUCACCUGCACCUUGUGGACUUGGCAGCCCCCGGGGCCAGGCCCGAAAGCUGGAUGCCUGCUUGGCCAGGGCUGUGCUGAGGCUGUCUCCUAGGAGGGGCAAUGCUGGGGUACCUUGGGUGAGCAGCUGCAGAGAAGCUCACCUCAGAAGAGUGAAAUCUUUCAGAAUUAAGCAAGUUCUUGCCCAGUAACUAAAAUGACCAAACUGCCAAGCUGGAAGAUGCAAAUAUGUCAGCUCAGCCAAGCAACCUUUGAAGCAGAUCCACCAGCAAUUGGACUGCUGAGGCUCUCAUGCUUCCCACCGCAAUUCAGCAGAUGCCUGCAUCGUGAUGUCGGAGGAAGGAUGAGUACUCUCACUGGCCGUUAGGUAACUUUGUUGCUCCUAAGUGUGUAAAUUAGCAACUAGCAAUUAUCAAAUUAGCAAAUUAGUGAACUAGUGAAUUAAGUAACCAGAGAAUUAACAAUUUAGUCUAGAGAAGGGAUUAGCCCCUUGUUUGCUUUUAUAACUUAAUGAGGUCAUAAAAAUAAAGCUUGUUUCACACAGUA